AUGUCUGUAAAGAUCUUCAAGUCAUGUUAUACUCAUGUGUUUAAAACACCGUUUAAUAGAGAGGGGAAGAGGAAUGAAGGUGAAGGACAAGAAAUGAAGAAUGGUCAAUCAAAUCAGACUGUAGAGGAGAAGGAAUAUGGUGUACCUGGUUUCAAAUCAACCGCUACUGGCGUGAAGCUAUCAUCACUACACCAUCCUCUUCCAGUACUAACACAUAAAUUACCAGUUAAACCCUUGCAUGGUGUCCUUACUACAAUAAUAACUUCUAAUAAGAAAUCCACAAGCCUUCCAUCUAGAAAUGAUGACCCAAUAAAACACAGACGUGGUAAUAAUUUUAACCAACUUCUUCAGAAAUUCUCAAGUUCUGAAAUUUCGAGUUCUGAGAGAUCUGAAAGUGAUGCGAGCAGCCGUGUUACUGGACGAUCUCGACAAAGCAAACAUUCGGGAAGUAUAAGUAGUAGUGAUGAAUCGAACACGGAUCGCCAAACCCCCGAACGUUCCCAUAGUUUUAAAUUACGAACUGUCAAAGAAAAUGAUGAUUCUCCAAAUGUCCCAAAACGUUCAUCGAGUUUCAAAUCAGAUUUUAUGCGGCAACGUUACGAAGUGGACAAACCACCUGAGGAAGAAUUUGUAUCUGUUUUACAGUCCCGCAGUGAAAUUACCGAUAAAUCAGAUCUGAUAUCUCUUUCUAAGUACGAAAAUUUAGACAAAGUUAAAACUGUGAUUUCCCCAGUUGAAGAAAUAAUCGUAGAUAAAGAAUUGUCAGCUGUUUUAAAAUCGCGGAGAAAAGAAACUGACGAAAAAGUUGAAAAAGAUCAAAAUUCGAAUAACUCUUCAACACAUAUCUCUAAACCAUAUCAAGAUGCUUUCAUAUCGGACAGUUUAUUGCAAUCUAAAAGCCGAGUUUACAAUAUUGAUUCAAGUUUGGCCGAACUUUCAAAAGUGACUGAAGAACUAGAUAAACCUGAAUCUACCAUAUCCAAAACUUAUUUAUCUGACACCGAAUUUGGACAAAUAACGAGCCAACGACGUAAAUCGAGUUCUGCAUCGUUAUCAGAUGCCGUACAAUAUAUCAAAGAUGUUGAAUCUUCCAUAUCUUCACGCAUAUCUGAAACCAUUUCCAAACAUCAAGAUGAGAAGAAAAACAGUCGAGAAACAUCGCCACUUGACGGUGUGUCGAAGAAUUUUGAUCAGAACAAGACUGUGCAGCACUCCUCGCAAAUUAUAGCUAGCCAAAAACAAGAUGUCAAAGAUCGACAAAUUUCUUCAGACUCAAACAGAGCCGCCUCCCUUGAAUCAAAAACUGUUGUGCCCAGGGGUAUAGAAAUAGUAGAUGAAAAACCGAAAUCAUUUGCCUUAUCUGAGACAUUACAAAUUAAAAAUGUGACUUUGGAAGAAUCUUCAACUGAUGACCUUUUUGAAAAUGUUUCUACUGAGAUGUUGUCGUCUGCACAAGACAAAAUGGCUGACAAGAGUAUGUCUGGUGUUUCCAUUACACCAGCUAUCAUCAUAGAUAAACAAUCAAUUAGUAACAGCAGAGAGAAUGAUGCCAAAUUACAUGACAUUAACAAAUCCAAGAUGUCCGCCACUGUUAGAAGAGAUAGUGCAGAAACAGAGACCAGACGGGUUGUGGUGUUGGAAGAGAAAACACAAAUUUAUUCAUCUAAAAUCAAGAAUGAAGAAGAUUCCAGCCAGUCUUGGUUGAUUAAAUCUGAUAAUUUGUCUUUAGAUGCCGCAGUGAAGAAAGUUGAUGAGGUUCACUCACAACAAUUUGGCGACUCUGCCAAAAAUUCUUCCUUAGUUACCAAUACUUUACCUAGUGACAGUGAAUCUGUGGCCUCAGAAACAAAAUAUCCUCUACAAAAAGACUCCUUACCUUUACCCAGUGAAAAAUAUUUGGAUGUUAGUGAAAGUACGAUUUUAACGUCCAGUGAUCGUUCCAGGGAUAUUAGUGAUAAUUCAGCAGAUGAUCAUGUGAAAUGUAAACCGAAGUCGACUGGAUUAAGUCGAUCGGAAUCUUUGAAAACUACUGGAUUGAAACGAACUGAAUCUUUCGAGAGAAGGAGAGGGAUUUUAAAACGUACCCCAUCGUUACCGAAACAAUCAGGGCCCAUCAUUGAUGAGCAAUUAGCAAGGAUUCUACAGCAGAGAAAGAAACAAGUUGAGACGGAAGAUUCCCCAGAGGAGGAGAAACCUGGUAGCAGACGUCUGUCAGUGACAGAUGAAAUAGCAGAAAUCAUGAAGUGA